CUGUGGUAUAUUCUAUUAGGUUAAUUGUGAAGUUUUGCUAUAUAAAUUUGAACUUAACCUAAGAAAAUAAUUUAUAGAUAAAUUUUAUCAUACAAACAUAUAGAUAUACAUUUUUAUAAACCAUGGUGGGAAAAUGGAUAAGACAAAAAAUAAGGAUUAUUUCGUAUUCAAGGACAUAAAUGGGAAUUUGUUAAAAUUACAAGUUCAAGAAGUUUCUCAAUGUUUAAAAAUUAGAAUAAUUCACUGUGGACCAACGAUAUACCAAAGAUGUAUCAUAAUAUUUAUAAUUGCGAGUAUCGACAUGAUUUUACUUCUCGUUAACAUUGUUUCCAUCUGUAUUAUACUCGCAAUUUUAUGUUUUGUUUUAAUUUUAACCUAUACAGUAUGUAACAUGACUAUUGAAGAAAAUCUAGUUGUAAUUAAAGAUAUAGGAAUCGAAAUUGCAAAGAUAAAAGUUGUUGGAGUUAAAAGAGAUUUCUUUCCUCAUGAGCAAGUACAAAACGUUUUUAUUAAUGAAGUUAUAUAUAGGAAUAAAGUGCUAUUUGUACUGACAUUAUUAAUAAGUGGUCUCAAGAAAAGUCAGUUGGUUCCAUUGUUUACAGAAACCUUUCCACAACUGGCUUUAUUGAAAACUGUGUUCAACUACAUAAAAAGAAUAUUAUAGACUGUUCUUAUAUUAUUUGUUACAGAAAAUAAAAAAUAAAAUUAUAUUAUUUUUAUGUGUAUUUCAUAGAUCAGAUAGGAGACACAAGGAGACCCC